CUUCAUUCUCUUGGCACGAUCGGCACCGCGAGCCGCCCUCCACGCCAUCUUCCAGCGCCAUGAAGUCAUUCCUCGACGGUUUUCUAAAGAGCGCCUAUUUCGACGCGAAGGCGCAGUCGUCGGGUUCACAUCAGCACAAACCUCGUCACGAGCAAUUAAAUCCUCGGACACUUGCCACCCAUCCCCAGUUGUCGCCACACUGGUUGUCCCAGCUCGAGAAUAUCCACGUGACGCCGCAUAAGGGUGCAAAGCGCCCAAGUGGAUCAAAAGUGGCAAUGCUGGAUGACCGCAAAGUGUUUCUCAAAUGCAUCGACUUCACGCAGACGUACUCGAGCGCCAAGCACGCGUUCCUCGAAGAUGCCGUGUGGAUUCAAGCGCUGGAGCAUCCCCACAUCGUUCGCGUCCUCGGUUUUACCGUAGUCGCGUACUCGACGACAUUUUGCGUUGUCCUAGAGUUCAUGGAGCAAGGCACACUGGCAUCGCGUUUGCGGAGUCCAACUCUCUUCAGCGGUGCAGUCAUGUCGACCUCACAAUAUGGGGGACGAAGGCCACCAUCCAACGUCGCGCAGGACGAGAAGUUGAUUGCCUAUCAAAAGUGUCUCGAGCUGGCCAUCGGACUGCAUUAUCUUCACAGCCAACAGAUUCCUUACAAGGUCAUCUCAGCUUCCAACAUCCUCGUGCAUGACAAUCAGUACAAGUGGAACAUUCAGCAGCUCAUGCGCUGCCGCCCCAAGCACUGCAGCCGAAGAGGCGUCGUCGGCGCCGAAGGGGAGCGGUAUGGCACUGGCGACGUCGUGUACGCUGCGCCAGAGCUCUUGUCAUCCACCGAACCGGUCGACAGCUUCGCCGCGGAUAUUUAUGCGCUAGCCAUUGUGUUUGGCGAAAUCGUGACACAGACACCCCCCUUUGCCAACGUCUAUGAGGCCCUCGGCCCUGUUGCCGGCGACGCUCAUGUCGCCACAGUCAAGGCAAACCCUGCCUCGUCGCUCGAAGAUUUGGCCCCGUUCCUAGACUGGUUGCCAGCCGAAGACGUAUCGACCACAACGUCGACAACAACGAAAGGUCUGUCAUUUGAGGCCCUCGUCAGGAAAUGCCUGGAUGCAAACCCGGCUUCCCGCCCGACCAUCGACCUCGUCGUGUUGGCACUGGUGCCGCUGGCUGAAAACCCCCGCUUCCACGUCGAGCCGUAGCUUUUCAAGGCACUCUGCAUGUGUAAAGAACGCUGGAUGAAUGGGUGGUCUGCGCCGUGAAUCUUGGGACAGGGCAGAGAGCGUUCUCGUUCGGAUCGUGAGGGCAACGACGCAGCGAGGUGGCUGAGAGGAGGUUUCUGCAAGCGGCCAUCCCCCUAGAUAUGCAUUCUCCAUAAAUUCCUGCGAUCCUUUACCGAGGGAUGUAUGUCUCGGCCUCGAAUCGGUGGCUGGCUCGCUGGCUCCAAUGCUGAUCACGGCAGAAUGGCCGAUCUUGUAUAUUUCGCCAACUCCUACUGUAAUCAUGCCAGUGAACCGAACAACUUUG